UUUAUAAUAUGAUCUUACCUAACAUUAUAUACUAAAAAUCAAAUUACAUUUCUGCAUUUUCUCUGCUUCUAUAAAUUGGAAGGUCUUUGGCUCUUUCCUGUCACAUGCUACUCCAAAAGAAAGAUUAAAACCCUUAGUGCAAGAAGAGGUGUUGGUUUAUAGAAUUGUUGGUGGAAGAAAUGGUGAAUGAAAACCAUUCUUCAGAAAGCCAAAAUCAUUUACCAUACCUUCCUCAUUCUUCUUCUGCCAGAAAGAAACUAGGAGGAUGGAGAGCAGUCAGAUAUAUUCUUGGGAACGAGACAUUUGAGAAGUUGGCUUCUAUGAGUUUGAUAGCCAACUUGGUGCUAUACCUUCGUACCCAAUACAACAUGGACACUACAGUUUCUGUAGAGGUGUUCAACAUUUGGGCUGGUUCUGCAAAUUUUCUGCCAUUAGUGGGUGCUUACUUAGCUGAUGCCUAUAUGGGAAAGUUCAACAUGCUCCUCAUUGGCAGCAUUGCUUCAUUUCUGGGAAUGGUAUUCAUGGCUCUAGGUGCUGGUAUACCAUCUUUAAGACCUCCAAGCUGUCCUACUCAGUCUAAUUGCAUAGAACCCACAGGAUCACAGCUUGCUAUCCUUUAUUCAGGGCUUGCAUUGUUUGCAAUAGGCUCUGGAGGCCUAAGACCCUGCAACAUUGCCUUCGGAGCUGAUCAAUUUGAUACCAAAACCGAGAAAGGGCGAGCUCAAUUAGAGAGUUUCUGCAAUUGGUGGUACUUUUUGUUCACAGUAGCCCUUUUGGUGGCUCUUACUGUGGUAGUGUACAUUCAGACUAAUAUUAGUUGGUUUCUGGGUUUUGUCAUUCCCACCGUGUGCUUUGCCUUCUCUUUAACCAUUUUCCUGUGGGGACUCAACACAUAUGUUCGCUCGAAGCCCAAAGGAAGCAUCAUCACUGACUUGGUAAAAGUAGCUGUUGCUGCCGGUAGGAAACGCCAUGUUAAAUUGGAUUCUGAACUCUCAUUCCAUGAUCCACCACUUGCUUCUGAGUCAGAACAAAGCCUCACAAAACUUGCUCACACCAAUAGGUUCAGAUACUUUGAUAAAGCUGCUGUUGUUACAGAUCCAAGUGAAAGGGAUAGCAAUGAAAAAACUGUUGAUAGUUGGAGGUUAUGCAGUGUGCAGCAAGUGGAAGAAUUGAAAUCAAUAUUAGCUACAUUACCAGUUUGGCUAGCAGGAAUUAUAUGUUUUUUCUCUAUGGGACAAGCAAGCUCCUUUGGCAUCCUUCAAGCAUUGCAAACAAACAAGUCAAUUGGACCAAAUUUCAGUGUUCCACCAGCAUGGAUGGGUCUAGUACCCAUGAUAGCUCUUUCCUUAUGGAUUUUCCUUUAUGAGAAAAUCUAUGUCCCUUGGACUAUGAAAGCAACCAAAAGGGGCAAAAGGUUGUCAAUUGAAAACAGAAUAUUGAUAGGAAUUUUGUUCUCCAUUGCCUGCAUGGUGGUUUCUGGCCUAGUAGAGGUGCACCGCCGCGAUGAUGCACUGAAACAUGGAUCAUUUGAGUCACCCUCAAGCAUUUGGUGGCUUGUGCCACAGUUUGCACUAUCUGGGUUGGUUGAGGCCUUUGCCGCAAUUCCCAUGAUGGAGUUGCUCACCUCAUACUGGCCCGAGAGCAUGAAGACACUAGGCGGUGCAACGUUUUUUCUCAGUUUAUCUAUUGCCAAUUACUUGAACACUAUUCUUGUAAGGAUCGUAGUGGCAGUGACAAGGAAUAGCAGAAGACCAUGGUUAGGUGGCAAUGACUUGAAUAAGAAUAGGCUUGAGUACUAUUACUACACCAUUGCUGUUCUUGGAGGGUUGAAUUUGUUGUACUUUCAGUUCUUUGCUCGUCAUUACCUGCACACUGAAAUGCUCCAAAGACCGGGUAGAAAUGAAGCAGAAGAUGAAGAAAAACAAUGACAUAGACCAUAAGCAGCCUAAUUCCACACACUUCUCAUCUAACUUUUUUUGAAAGUCUACACUUGUCACUACCCGAAAAAGAAUUGCAUGUGAUUAUCAAUAUCAAUUAGGAUAAAUAAUAACUUUUAUUAGUGAA